GAAAAAAGAAAAACUCUGGUUGGAGUGUCAUAAGAAGUAGAAUCAGAACUGAAAAUUUACAGACUGAUCAAGAAGAAGAAAUCCAAAAUGGAAAUUUCAGUUACCAACAAAUUAAAGCUGCUACCAAAGAUUUCAGACCUGCAUACAAGAUUGGUGAAGGUGGUUUUGGAUCAGUUUAUAUGGGAGUUCUCACGGAUGGUAGGGCAAUCGCAGUGAAAGUCAUUUCUCCCAAGUUACUGCAAGGAAAGAAAGAAUUUCUAAAUGAAAUAAAUGCAAUGUCUACAUACAAACACCCAAAUAUUGUUCCAUUGCUUGGCCAUUGUGUUGCAGAGGAUAACAGAUUUGUAUUAGUAUACGACUACUAUGCUAAUGGAGAUUUAGACCAUGCAUUAUUUGGUAACAAAAAUCUUAAGAAGAGACUGGAUUGGGAAACCAGAGUUAAAAUCUGUAUCGGAAUAGCGAAAAGUCUUGUAUACUUACACGAAGGAGCACAAUUCAAAAUUGUGCAUAGAGAUAUUAAGCUUGCCAAUGUUUUAUUAGACGUGCAUUUUACUCCCAAGAUGGCAGAUUUUGGAUUGGCCAAGCUAUUGACAACCGAGAGGGUACUCACACUGGAGUAGCAGGAACCAUGGGAUAUAUUGCUCCCGAGUAUGUAAUUGAGGGUUAUUUAACUGAGAAAGCAGAUGUCUACAGUUUCGGAGUACUAGUACUUGAACUUAUGAGUGGAAGGCGUUGUGUAGACAAAUCAAAAGACUCGCCACCCCUUUUAGAAUUCGCCAAAGUUUUACAGAAGAAGCGAAAUCUUAUAUCAUUACUGGACCAAGACUUGACUAACAUUCCACGGAAUGAAGCUACCAUGGUGCUAGAUUUGGCAAUGUUAUGCACAUCUCACUCUCCAAAAGCAAGGCCUAAUAUAUCUGAUGUGGUGAAAAUUCUUGAAGGAAAGAAUGUUUUAAAUACUCCUCUGCAAGAAUUAGAUGACUUGGCAGGAGUCACUUCGGAUGAGAUGACCUUGAGUGAUUUCUCAUAUUACUACAUGGACAGCUGUAGAAAAGAAAUCGUAAAGGGCUCCAAUAUUGGUAAGAGAGCAGACUAUUCUAGGUCAUCAAUGAUGGGCACAAAUUUUCCAACAUCAGAGACACCAAUAUCUAAUGUCAAUGCAUCGUCAACUUCUACCACCUUAGAGAAGAAUAUCACUGAGAUGGCAGACGAAGCUGAGCUUGAGUAUAUUGAACCCCAACUUGAAGAAGGGAAGUAUCGUAUUGAAUGUUCAAAUGAAGAAUUCAAAAUUGGAUGUAACAAAUGGAAUAAUUCUCUAGUAGGAUAUCUUUUGAACGAGAAUGGUACAUUUGAUGAAGAGGUGGAUGAAGCUAUACUCCGAGAAAUGAUCCCUGCAGGAAAUGGGUAUUCAGUGUUCUGUAUCGGAAGUGGGCAUUAUCUAUUUCAGUUCAGUUGUGUUGAAGAUAAGAUUAGAGGGUUAGAAUCUUCGGGCCUUUUGCGUGUCGAGGGUAAACCAUUGGUUCUCAUUAAAUGGGAUUGGAAACUGACACUCAACAAAGCUGAAACCAUGAAGUCCAUUCCUUCAUGGGUGAAGAUUUACAAUUUACCUUUAUUCCUUUGGAAUUCAUCGUGUCUGAGUAAGGUCGUAAGUGCAUUCGGUAUUCCCAUAUGUGCUGAUCAGAAAACCAUAAAGCAACAACGGCUGGAUUAUGCGCGGGUUUACAUGAAAGUAGAUGCUAGAAAACCGUUGCUGGACAGUUUUCUUAUUUCAGUUAAAGGAGUUGAUUAUCUACUCAAAUUGGAAUACGAUUGGAAACCCCUAAGAGAUCCAUUUCCAGUUAACAAAGCAAGAAGAGUUGAACAACAGUUGGAGAUCAUUCAUAGUGACUUGUGUGGUCCUAUAGAAGUUACAUCACAUGGAGGUAAUAACUAUUUCAUAACUUUCGUUGAUGACUUUAGUAGGAAAGCAUGGGUAUAUUUGGUUAAACAAAAAGUGAUGCUUUUCAUGCUUUCAGAAGUUUCAAAGCUUAUGCUGAGAAACAAAUUGGUAACAGCAGGUACCUUAGGCAUAUUAGCGGGCCUCUUCCAUCUUAGUGUCCGCCGACUGACUUUUUCAAUCUUUUCGACCUUGGUUCAAAACAUCAAUAUAUUAAGAACUGAUAGAGGAACAAAAUACACUGUUGUUGAUAGUUUCAUGGAAGAACAUGGUAUUCUACAUCAAUUAUCAGCAAGAUAUACACCUCAACAGAAUGGUGUAGCAGAGAGAAAGAACAAAACUAUAAUGGAGAUGGCAAUAUCUAUAACAAGAACAAAAGGUUUACCAAAACAUUUAUGGGGUUAUGCAGUAGAUACAGCAGUAUAUUUACUUAAUAGAUGUCCUACAAAUAGUUUGAACAAUAUAACACGAGAAGAAGCUUGGAGAGGUGUAAAACCAAGUGUAAGACAUCUGAGAAUUUUUGGGUGA